UCUGCGUGUCUCUGCCGUUCACAUAGACACAGGAGACUAAGCAGGAAGUAGAAAAAAAAAACAGACAGGAGCUCAUGAAAACAAGGAAGUAAACGCUGUCGGAUCGAAGCAGGAGCCCCUUUUAUGCUCUAAAGUGAACGCAGAUCCGUCGACAGCUCAGUAAUAGAAUUCAAAGCACCACGGCUGUGCUAAGGAAGUUAGCCGUUAAGCUAAUUCCUCCACUUUUUUCACAAAACAAGCCUUAGACGGAGAAACAGGAAGGAGACAAAGACAAAUUAGUCCUUUUAUCCCCAGAAUUAUUAUCAGCCACCAUGGACCAAAAAGGGGAACCCCAGGAUGGAGCUUUGGGGCUGAAACAUGAGGAGCUGCCACAGAUGGAUGGGUCAUGUGAUGCCUGCGAGCCUGACGAGGCCCAACCGGCCACACACGUGUGCUACACCUGCAGCUUCGCCUUCUGCUCCGUCCAUGCUGACAGACAUGCCAGCAGCACACAUCAUCCCAUAAUGCCUUACAAUCACGAGGGGACACAGGCUAAUGGACUUGGCAACAGCAGAGACUUUAGAGUCGGUGAUGGAGCAGAGGAUGAGGCUAAUCAGGACAUGGCGCUUCUCCGAGGGGCAAUGGCUAAAGGCGAUGAGAGUGGUGAUGCUGUGGAAAAAGAUGGAGCUCAGAAUGGCGUGCAGCUGGAGGCUGAGCCCGGCGAUGGGGCAGAGGGCGCAGAAGCAGGGCAGGAGGCCGCGGCGGCCGGAGAGGCUGGGAAGAAUAACAACGUGACAGUAGAGAGACUGCGCUGCAAGGAGCAUGAGCAGGAAGGCUCCCUCUACUGUAAAAAUGAUGAGAAAGUCAUCUGCGUGCUGUGUGCCGUGCAAGGUGAGCACCGCGAGCAUGAGAUCAUCACGCUGUUUGAGGCCUACGCCUGGCAGAAGAGCAGGGAGGGGUAUGACCUGCUGGGCUGUACACAGCGGAUGUCUGAGACAAUCAAGACCAGGUGGACCAACCCCGAGAUGUCAGUAGAAGAGCUGGAGGCCUAUGUGAACAGCCAGUUCGAUGAGCUACGCAGACUGGUGCGUCUGGAGGAGAAGAGGACCCUUCACCUGGUAGACCUCAAAGAAGCCUUCCUAACGGCAUCUGCUGCUGAGAAAAUCGCUGAGAUCUCUGUCGAAACGGAGCGCCUGCAGGAGGAGAUGGCCAACAUCACACACCAGCUGUGCCUGCUGGAAAAGGCGGAGGCGUUGGGCCCUGCGGGGGCAGCAGUAGCUCUAGCAGCGGUACCACCCCACAGAGUCCAGCGCGACAUUGAGAACAGGCCAAGGUUUCCAGAGCCAAGGGCACACCCCAUGGACCCCCGGGACUUUGAUGACAAUGAUUCUGGACCAUCCAUGGACCACGCGCCCUGAUACCAGCAGACCUGACUCCUACCAUCCACCUGUCCUUCAGUCUCUGCUACUGCCAGCCAUCGGCCCCUUUGAGCUGUCAGGCUGGCCCCUCUAAACCCCCCCACUCUCUGUCAGCCAUCUCCCUUUUACCCCUCUCACCUCUCCCCUCUCCCCUCAUGGCAGGUCUCCCUUGAAAAAGAGAUCAAUGAUCUCAAUGGGAUACACCUGGAUAAAUAAAGGUUUGAAAUUAAAUGAAAUGGUGCCUGCGUGCAGUGAGCUGACCUUGAAGAGGGCUGCUGUGACAAAUAUGGAUGGCCAUGUAUUUUUCUGCUCUCCAACUUUUGUAAUACCAUACUCGUUACUAACUUUCUUAAAUUAAAGCACACAAGUUAUGUGCAAUCAAUUAGCAUCAAGCUCAAUUUCCACCGCCAGUCAGAUCCUUGGCUUACUGGUGAGCCUGGCUGACUCAGACAGGAGCCUGGCUAGGCAGCCGAGCGAGGCAUCUGUUAAGCCCAACAGAUGUCACAAACGGGAAAUUCUGUGACGCUGUGCGCUUCGCACUUCAUUUAUGUACAAUAUGAUUUGUUUCGACAAACACUCUGGACACUCCCAGACAAAGAAAAUUGAACUUUUGUAUGCCGAUAUGCCUUACACCUUCGAGAGAAUAUAUUACAAAGCUGUUCUGGGUGUCAUAUUUUUUAUUGUACUAAAAAAAAAAGUGUCUUAAGCUUUCGUUCCACAAUGAUGUCUCUUGCACUUUCCAUCAUGCUGUUCCCCCCCCCUCCUCUCCCUUAACCCUCUGCCCUACCCGCUGACUCUUUAUGCUUGUAGAUUUGCGCACACUUCCUUGCGUUUGUCAGAUCUAUUAAAGAAAGCGGGGGGACAUUUUGACACGUAUUGAUUGGUGAAUGUUGCCGAGUCUUUGUUAGGUGAAAAUCGAACUGUAAUUUGACUUUGCAAAAUAGCACUCGCGCAGUAUCAGCUUUCUUUACACUGUAAUGUAAAGGCUCAUUACUCUUGGCCAAUCUGCAGCACAUGACAGAUAGCAAUCCACGCGAGUGUACGCACUUUCCACCUUGACCCGCUCAGCCAUGGUUCUCAUUCAUGAUGUACCGCCGCAAGUCUAUCUGUGUCAGCAGUUUGUUUUGAAUGUGAUUGAUUUUGUUGCCUUAAAUACAAAAUGGAAAGCGGUGUCACCCUUAAUAUAUGGGACAUCAUGACUUCACUGUGCAAAGAUGCACUGAGAGUUGUUUACCCACCGGAAGUGAUAAGUUGGUUUGUCAACAGCAUAUUGAAAUAACUCCCGCAGCGCCAACUUUAUAACUACCAACAUAAAUCUGACUGUUUGAUGUUUCCACUUGUUUUGAUGUGUCUAUUAUUGUCUUCAAUCUAUAAAUAAACAGUCUGUUUCUUGGA